AAUAAAACUCCAACUUAUCUCCCUCAACACAAAUACUCAAUCUUUCCUCCUCUUAUGGCUCCCUUACUCCACACGCACCAAAUCCAUCCCCGCGCCACCUUAAACCGCCUCCACUUCCUUCUCUACUCCUUAUCCCUCCUCCUCCUCCUCCACCACCACACCACCACCCCCUCCUCCUUCCUCCUCCUCCUCGCCGACAUCUUCCUCGCCUUCAUGUGGCUCCUAUCCCAAGGCUUCCGCUGGCGCCCCGUUUGCCGCUGGGAGUUUCCCGAACUACUCUCGAAAGUCAUAGCAAGCAAGGAUUUUCCUGCUUUAGACGUCUUCAUCUGCACCGCCGACCCUUAUAAGGAGCCGCCGGUGGGCGUGGCGAGCACCGCCCUCUCUGCUCUAGCCUUUGACUACCCUUCCGAUCGCUUAUCUGUCUAUGUUUCUGAUGAUGGAGGUUCAGACCUCACGCUCUUUGCCUUCUUCGAAGCCGCUAAAUUUGCUAGGUGUUGGCUGCCGUUUUGCAGAGAGAAUGGAGUCAUGGAGAGGUCCCCUGAAGCUUACUUCCAGUCCGGUGGUUGCGAUGGAGAAGCAGAGGAAAUGAAGGUACGGCGACUUGCUCUUUUUGUUCUCUACGUUGAUAGAAUUAAUAUUCUCGUGGCCAUAUGUAAUAUAUAAUUAAGAAAUAUUAUAAUGAGGCUGUUUGUUUUGUAGAAGGUUAUAAAUAUUUUAAAAUGUUUUGUA